AUGGCUACUACACCAUAUGACACCAUCAUUUUCGACCUUGGGGAUGUGCUCUUCGACUGGGAUGAGCCACAAGACGUUGCGUCCCUUGUCGCGUUGCCAAAAGGUGCCAUGCGAAAAAUGAUGAACUCGACCACUUGGCAUGACCUCGACCGUGGCCUCCUACCUGCGGAGGAAGCCUACAAGAUCAUGGGCGACGAGCUCCACAUCGAGGCGUCACUGGUACGCCCAGCCAUUGAUGCAGCUGCCUGCUCGCUACGAGUUAACGAGCAAUGGGCAGAACUGGUGGAAAAGCUUGCGGCAAAGCCUGGGUUGAAGGUAUAUGCCAUGUCCAACUGCAACAUCUCCAAGGAACAUUUCGAGUACAUCCGGACGCUGCCGUUUCCAUGGGAAGCGUUCACUCGCGUCUUUACCUCCGCGGCCGCCGGUAUGCGCAAACCGGAUCUCUGUUUCUACCAGUACGUCAUCAACGAGACUGGAUGUGAUCCUAGCCGUACCGUCUUCCUCGACGACCGCACCGAGAACAUCGUCGCUGCUAGAUCUUUGGGCAUUCGGGGCGAGAUCGUGACGGACAACGAGAGGACCAAGGAAGGAAGAAUAUAUCGAUUCCUCAAGAACGUGGUCUUGGGGGAGCCCAUUGCACUUGCAGAAGCCUUCUUACACUCCCAGAGCGGAAAGCUAGAUUCUGUCUACUCUGAGGAGGGGGUGGUUUUCAAGGACAACUUUGCCCAACUGCUGAUAUGGGGACUGACUGAUAUGGAAGACAUCAUCUACCUUUUGUGGCCAGAUGGAACGCGCUGGAAGGGAUCAUCGCGAUGCUCCUCAACCGACUCUGCUAUCGUUCUUAACGACAAGACCAGAGAGGGCAAGAAGUCACGCCCGCUUCAGGAUGGCCUGUGGAACUACUUCACCGAGAAGCCAGUCGGGACCACGGAGACAUUCCCAGCUGAUGUUGAUACCACCUCGAUCGCCUACCUGACCAUUCCGCAAGAGCACCUGCACAGAGUUGCCGAUCCCAAGCUGGUUCUGGAUGCCAUGAUCUUCAACGUAAACGUCGAUGGCAUCAUGCAGGUGUACUUUACAAAUGACAGGCUACGCAUCUACGCCAUUGUCAGUGUGAACAUGCUUCGGUUCUUCGUGAAGUAUGGUGGUGAUGAUCUAGAUCUGGACAUAGAUCCCCGCCUUGCUGCCACAGUGAACUUUGUUAUCAACUGCCUUGUCAACAAUGCAGUGGUAAAUGGCACACGCCAUUACACGACCACUGAAAGCUUCCUGUAUUUCGUCAGCUUGUUCUUCGACGAGCUCAGGACAAAGGCCGAAAGGAAUCCGACCAAAAACGCCAAUACGCGUCAGACACUCCAACGACAUAUCUAUCGUUUGCUGGUGCAGUCGUUGGGGAAGCCUGCUAACCCGUUGGCUUUGGCGAUGCGGGUGCGCGCUUGUCAAGUAUUCAAUAUCGGCAGAGACCUCCUAAAGUGGGAGAUGGACGAACUGCUUGUCCUUCAAGAGGAAGAUGGAGGAUGGCCGGCGGGUCACUUCUGCAAAGCAGGAAAGACGGGUGCUGUUAUUGCUAGUCAAACGACACCAAUGGCUUGGCGACUUCUGAAGGACUACGAGCGUGAGGCUUUCAUCUUUUCCUUCUCCUUUCCUGUCCACACUCUUGACUGCGUCGGAAGCACGAUUGCCUCCCUAACCAACCGUCGACUUUUUGCCAGUACAAGUGCAACCGGUAUCAUGAGCCGUACUCAUUGGGACGAUGGCCUGCACGCAGUGAACGGCACAGAUGCGCCAGAAGCUGUUCUUCCUGGACAACAGGUACCCAAAGAGCCGGUCUCGACAAGAUGGACAGCAACAUAUCCGCAAUACAGCCCGCUGGUGCGACCGAAUUCCCCAGAGAAGCAAGAUCAGGAACAGAGUGGGCACUUCCUCCCACAAUCAAACGCAUCUUCGCCAGGCCUGAAAAGGAAGAUCUGCGGCCUACGGAGGUCCACGUUUUUUUUGAUAGUGGCGCUUCUGGCUGUGAUUGUAGUGGCGGCCGUCGGAGGUGGUGUGGGUGGAUCGAUCGCGGUCAAGAAGGCGAAGAGCUCCCCGCCCUCGAGCACCGCGUUCGACUGCGCAGCCGUCGCCCGCAGUGGCAGCACUAUAACGCUGGGUUCGAAGGUCUGGAAGUUCGGCGUUAAGUGCAAUCUGACGUUUGAGGGAAACGUGAACCUCGCCGCUUCAAUUGCUUAUUCGUUCGAGGAAUGUCUCCAUUCGUGUGCACAAACGAACUGGCUACUGAGGAACGAGACAGAAGCCUGCACCGGCACGACCUGUGGGUAG